AUGGCUUCUAAAUCAAAAGUUGCCUUCAUCGGGUUGGGUGCUAUGGGAAUGGGGAUGGCCAUACAACUGCUCGAAGACGGUUUCACUGUGACUGGGUUCGAUGUCAAUCCCAUGGCCCUUGAAAAACUGCUCGCCAUGGGUGGUGCGGCUGCUACUAGUCCAAAGGAAUGCGCCCAAGGUGCGUCAUUCGUUAUCUGCAUGGUUGCGAAUUCUACGCAGACUGAGGAUGCAUUUUUCGCCGACUCAACGGGCGCAGUGCUUGGACUGGCACAGAACGCUAUUGUCAUAUUGUGCUCAACUGUCGCUCCAGGGUUUCCAGUGCAAAUUUUAAAUCAUAUCCACCAGGUCUUCCAAAGACCAGAUAUCCAGUUGUUGGACUGUCCUGUCUCUGGUGGAACGAUACGCGCCGCUCGAGGAAUGCUGGCCAUUCUAUCAUCGGGCCCAACGGAUGCUUUGAAUGCUGCUCGGCCAAUCUUGAACUCAAUGAGCGAGAACUUAUAUGAGAUUGAAGGCGGACUAGGUGCCGCGAACAAGGUCAAACUUAUCAAUCAGCACCUUGCUGGUGUUCAUAUUGCGGUUUCUGCAGAGGCAAUGGGGCUAGCUGCAACAUUGGAAUUGAACACAAAAGAAUUCUAUGAGACGGUUCUCAAAAGCCCAGCGUGUAGUUGGAUGUUUGAAAACCGAGUACCUCACAUGCUCACCAACGAUUGGACGCCUCACUCUGCUAUCAGUAUCUUUAUCAAGGAUAUGCGAAUUGUGACCUCGGAAGGCCUCCUUCAGGAUUUCCCUCUUCAUAUUGCAUCUGCGACGGAACGACUUUAUCAAUAUGCCGCGCGCAUGGGAUAUGAAAAAGACGACGAUGCGAGUCUUGUUCGAACUUUUCUAGCACAAACUCCAUCUUUGGUUUCGGAAGCAACACAUAUCCAGAGUCCCAAUAGUCCGCGCCCAUGUGAGCUGAUAUGCCGGUUACUGGAGACUGUUCACACCUUAGUAGCAUUUGAAGCUCUGGCCCUCGGAAACAAGCUCGGCAUUUCGACCAGCACCCUCGCAUCAAUCAUUUCAAAUGCCGCCGGUGCCAGUGAGUCCUUCAAAAAGGUUGCAUCGAGCAUUGUGGCUGGUGAUCUUCUAUCUGAGUAUACCAUCACACAGACCCGGGACAUGCUUGCAGAAGUAAUCACCCUUGCCCAAAUGCACAACUAUCCACUGCAACUCGCAGCUACUACAUUCCAACUUUUACAACAGGCUGUGAUUUACGGCCUGGGCGGGGAAGGUCAAGCUGCGCUCCUCAAGCUAUGGACAACGUCAGAUAUUUCCGCCAAGCCAUUAAACGUCGCAUAA